UGUGACUAUCGUGGAUCCUCUGGGGAGCCUCAACAACAUAAUGAUGCUGACGAGGAAGAGAAGAGUCUCUCCACAUCAGAACACCUAAAGAAACAUCAGCGGAGACCCACAGGAAAGAAACCUCAUUGCUGCUCUGACUGUGGGAAACAUUGCAAAUAUUCAUCAGACCUUAAAAUACACCAGCGUGUACACACAGGAGAGAAAUCUCACCACUGUUCAGAUUGUGGGAAAAGCUUUUCAACAUCACAGAUUUUGAAGCUGCACCAGAGAACACACACAGGAGAGAAACCUCAUAGCUGUGAUCAAUGUGGGAAGAGAUUUACUCAGUCAGGCUCCCUGAAAUCACACCAGAAACUACACACAGGAGAGAAAUCUUAUAGCUGUGAUCAAUGUGGGAAGAGUUUUACUACAUCUAGCAAUCUGACUAUACACCAGAGAACACACACAGGAGAGAGAUCAUUUAGUUGUAAUCAAUGUGGGAAGAGUUUUGUUCAAUCUAGCGAUCUGACAGUACACCAGAGAAAACACACAGGAGAGAAACCGUAUAGCUGUGAUCAAUGUGGGAAGAGUUUCAUUACAUCUAGCUAUCUGACCAUACACCAGCGGACACACACAGGAGAGAAACCUUAUAGCUGUAAUCAAUGUGGGAAGAGGUUUAAUACAUCUAGCCAUCUGACUACACACCAGCGAGUACACACAAGAGAGAAACUUCACCACUGUUCAAAUUGUGGGAAAAGCUUUUCAACAUCACAGACUUUGAAGCUGCACCAGAAAACACAUACAGGAGAGAAACCUUACAGCUGUGAUCAGUGUGGGAAGAGUUUUAUUACAUCUGGCAAUCUGACUAUACACCAGCGGACACACACAGGAGAGAAACCUUAUAGCUGUAAUCAAUGUGGGAAGAGGUUUAAUACAUCUAGCCAUCUGACUACACACCAGCGAGUACACACAAGAGAGAAACUUCACCACUGUUCAAAUUGUGGGAAAAGCUUUUCAACAUCACAGACUUUGAAGCUGCACCAGAAAACACACACAGGAGAGAAAUCUUACAGCUGUGACCAAUGUGGGAAGAGUUUUAUUACAUCUAGCAAUCUUACUAUACACCAGAGAACACACACAGGAGAGAAAUCCUUUAGUUGUGAUCAAUGUGGGAAGAGUUUUACUAGAUCUAGUGAUCUGACGGUACACCAGAGAACACACACAGGAGAAAAACCUCAUAGCUGUGAUCAAUGUGACAAGAGCUACUCUGAUAAAAGAUCUCUGAUCAAACAUCAGAAAAUACAUACAUGA